CCUUCUCGAGUCUCACUGAACCUCACUCAUCCGAUCCGGGCCAUACUGCUUUUACAAUGUCUUCUGCAGUGAUUGUUUUGCCUUCAGCGGUUCCGGCCAAAUCUCCAAAGAAGAGAGCCAAGUCUCAGAGGAAGAAAUCGGGCCCCACAGUGUCCGACCUGAUACUGAAGGCUUCGUCUGCUUCCACAGAGCGUGGUGGCAUGUCCCUGGCAGCCGUGAAAAAGGCUCUGAAGGCCGGAGGAUACGAUGUGGAGAAGAACAACGCCAGGGUCCUCAUGGCCAUCAGACGCCUGGUGGCCAACAAAUCUUUGGUCCAGAUCAAGGGCACCGGGGCCUCAGGCUCCUUCAAGCUGAACAAAAAGGCUCCUGCACUUCCAAAGAAGAGAGUGGUGAGCAAGAAGAAGCCAAAAACAAAGAAGGUCAAAAGGGCGAUUGUUAAGAAAGCAGCUGGAGGUGACACACCAGCAGCCAAGAAGUCCCCGAAGAAAAAAAGGAAGGCAAAGAGUCCAAGGAAAGCCAAGAAACCCACUGCAGCUAAGAAGGCCAAGAAGCCAAAGAGUCCCAUGAAGGCCAAGAGAAGGGUCGUCAAAUCUACCAGGACCAGGGCCGCUGCCAAGAAGUGAACACUCCCCACUGAACACUCUCACAACGCUGUUUAACUGUGAGGACAAAAAUUCUGAAUUCAUUCCAAAAACUUGAGUUUGCUUGCAAUAUUUUACAGCUUUUCUACAGUAGAAAAUAUUGAACCUGCUGUUUUUAUACACCGUCUUCUUGCCGCUGUCAGCUGUGGUCUGCAAUGAACUUAACUGCAAUUGUUGAAAAAUAAUAAACCUAGUUUAA